GAGGAGGGCUCCCUGUCCGGCCCCGGCGUGGAGAAGGAAGCGGCGCAUCCCGAAGCAAAGCAGGCUGGACAAGAGGAGCCGGAGCCCGGGGAGCAGCCGGCCGCCUUCACCGCCACUUCCAGGGACUUCCACCCUACAUGGAGGCGAGGAACCAUGGCCUCGACGGCGAGCGAGAGGAGGGCGUUUGCUCAUAAAAUCAACCGGACGGUUGCUGCCGAGGUCAGAAAGCAAGUGUCCCGAGAUUAUGGCUCACCUCAGCUGUCCAAGAAACGAGGAGGCGCACACCACCCUCUGCCUCUGACGGAGGUGGUGGAGCCCGUGGACUUCGAGGAGUAUGUGAGCAGCCAUGCUCCUGGGGUGGAGCCCGGCCCCCUCAGACAGCUCAUGGAGUUCCCCCAGGACGACCUGGAGCUCCUCCAGCAGGACAAAGAGUGCACUACGCUGGAGCCGCCGCUGCCCGAGGAGGAGGACUCACUGGAUCCCAGAGUGAGAGAUGCCUUGGCAGUCUACACAGAUGACUGGCUUGUCAUUCAGAGGAAAUAUCAGCGCUACAGCACCGCUUACACCCCCCACAGCUCCGAGCGGCAGCGGGAGAGGCAGCGAGGCCUGGCCAAACAGACCUUUGAGCUGGACGAGGCCGCCGCUGCCGAGCGCCAGGAGGACCAGGAUGACGCAAAGCGCCGGUCGGUCAGCAUCGACGAGACCCCCCGGGGCAGCUGGGCCUCCAGCAUCUUUGACCUGAAGAACUCCUCCCCGGACGCCCUGCUGCCGUCCGUGCUGGAGCGGACGGCCGCCGAGGACAUGGACCGCCGCAACACGGAGGCUCGCCUGCAGGGGCGCCACGGCGACCUGCUUGGCCUGUACCCCCCGCCCGACGAGGAUGAAGCAGUGGAGAGAUGCUCUCCUCCUGAAGUGCCCAAGGAACAUUGUGGCCAGAGAAUCAUGGUCAAGUGUCUGUCCCUGAAGUUUGAAAUAGAAAUCGAGCCGAUAUUUGGAACUCUUGCUCUUUAUGACGUCAAAGAAAAGAAAAAGAUCUCGGAGAAUUUCUACUUCGACUUGAACUCGGACCAGAUGAAAGGGCUGCUGAAACCUCACACGCCUCACAUCGCCAUAUCCACUCUGGCCCGAUCGGCCAUUUUCUCCAUCACCUACCCGUCGGCUGAUAUCUUCCUGGUCAUUAAGCUUGAAAAAGUCCUUCAACAGGGAGACAUCGGAGAGUGUUGUGAACCCUACAUGGUUAUGAAAGAAUCCGAUUCCACCAAGCACAAAGAGAAGCUGGAGAAGCUGCGUCUCCAGGCGGAGCAGUCGUGCAGCCGCCUGGGCCGCUUCCGCAUGCCCUUCGCCUGGACGGCCAUUCACCUCCUCAACAUCGUGAGCAGCGUGGGAGGGAUGGACCGCUCCGACCCAGACUCCGACUCUGAACGGAAGAGCCACGGGACGUGGAAUGAGAGGAAGAAGAAGGGGUUCGAACGGAUGAGCGUCGGGGACGACAUGUGCAACUUUGCCACCUUCCGUCCGGCGACGCUCACGGUCACCAACUUCUUCAAACAGGAAGGAGACAGACUGAGUGAUGAAGACCUCUACAAAUAUCUGGCAGACAUGCGCAGGCCUUCCUCUGUUCUGCGGCGGCUGAGGCCAGUCACAGCUCAGCUGAAGAUCGACAUAUCCCCAGCUCCGGAUUCGCCUCAUUACUGCCUCUCACCAGAGCUGCUUCACGUGAAACCUUAUCCAGACCUGCGCGUUCGCCCCACCAAAGAAGUGCUGGAGUUUCCCGCUCGAUAUGUUUACACGCCACACACCACCUACAGGAACCUGCUGUAUGUUUACCCUCAAAGCCUGAACUUCAGCAGCAGGCAGGGCUCGGUGAGAAACAUCGCCGUGAAGGUGCAGUUCAUGGCGGGAGAGGAUCCCAGCCAGGCUUUACCGGUGAUCUUUGGAAAGUCGAGCUGCGCUGAGUUCAUGAAAGACGCCUAUACUCCCGUCAUCUACCACAACAAAUCUCCGGAGUUCUACGAGGAGGUGAAGAUGAAGAUUCCCGCCAACCUGACAGACAACCACCAUCUGUUGUUCACUUUCUACCACAUCAGCUGCCAGCCCAAACAGAACACUCCCCUGGAGACCCCCGUGGGCUACACCUGGAUUCCUCUAAUGCAGCACGGACGGCUGCGCUCCGGCUCCUUCAGCCUGCCCGUCUCUGUGGAAAAGCCCCCUCCGAGCUACUCUGUGCUCACCCCUGACGUUCAGCUCCCAGGCAUGAAGUGGGUGGAUAAUCACAAAGGAGUUUUCAAUGUGGAGGUGACGGCGGCCUCCUCAGUUCACACUCAGGACCAGCACCUGGAUAAGUUCUUCACUCUGGUCUACGUCCUGGAGGAGUACUCCUUCCCGUUUCGGCUGAAGGACGUCAUCAUAACCGAGGCCAACAUGGAGGGGGAGCUGAAGGCCAGCAUGGCGGCGCUCAGAGGCGCCCUGCUGGACACCUGCGUCCGCUUUCUGCAUCAGCUGCUCAACAAGCUCAUCCAGCUCAUCGUCUAUCCUCCGGUCAUCGCAGGACAAAUCGUGAACCUGGGCCGGGCGGCGUUCGAAUCAAUGGCUCUGCUGGUGAACCUGAUCCACAAAAACCUGGAGGGGAACCAGGACCAGCACGGCCGCAACAACCUGCUCGCAUCCUACAUCCACUACUGCUUCCGCCUGCCCACCGCCGAGCCCGUCGUCCCCGCAGCGGGAGGCGCUAACCAGUCCUAUGAGCUGCCGGUGCAGUACGCCACCAUCUCGAGGGCCACAGCUCGCCCCAGCAGCCUCCACCUCUCCCGCUCUAAAAGCAUCAGCAACUCCAACCCAGACCUGGCCACCACACCAGUGUCUCCUGACGAGGAGGUGCAGAGGAUCAUCGGGAGCAAGGGCAUUGACCGCUCGCACUCCUGGGUAAACUCUGCUUAUGCCCCCGGGGGCUCCAGAUCUGUGCUGCGCCGGAACCCCAACUCCAGCUGUGAUCUCAAGCAGCCAAACGACCGCAGCUGCAAUCGCAUGUCUGCCUUUCUGGACAGCGUGGCCUUGUUUUCAGUUCCCACAAGGCAGAUUACCAAGAAGCUGCUCCACGAGGAGCUGGCGCUGCAGUGGGUGGUCAGCACCAGCACGGUGAGGGAGGCGGCGCUGCAGCAGGCCUGGUUUUUCUUCCAGCUCAUGACGAAGAGCAUGGCGCAUCACUUGUUUCUGACCUCAAAGCUGGAAGUUCCCCGACGUCAGCGCUUCCCGGACCGGUUUGUGGACGACAUCGCGGCGCUGGUGUGCGCCAUCAGCGCAGACAUCGCCAGCAGAUACCACAAGGAUGUGGAGCUGGUCGAGAGGUUAAACAGCAGUCUGGCCUUCUUCCUGAAUGACUUGUUGUCUCUCAUGGACCGGGGCUUUGUGUUCAACCUCAUCCGCUCCUACUACAAACAGAUUGCCAACAAGCUACACACGGCGCAAAACCCCAGUUCUCUUAACGCCUUGAGGAUGGACUUCAUUCGCAUUGUCAGCAGCCACGAGCAUUACGUCACCCUCAACCUGCCCUGCUCCACCCUGAGCCCCCCGGCCUCCCCGUCUCCGUCCACCUCCUCCACCACCUCACAGAGUUCAGCCUUCUCCAGCAUGGUGCAGGACCAAGGCGUGGCCACCAUGUUCGAGCUGUCCGUCCCUUUCCGCCAGCAGCACUUCCUGUCCGGCCUGCUGCUCACCGAGCUCUCGCUCAUCCUGGAUCCCGAUGGCGACGGGGUUUUCUUCCUUCAUAAAAAGGCCAUCAGCGCCGUUCACUCGCUCCUGUGCAGCCACGACGCCGACCCCCGCUACAUGGACCCGCAGGUCAAAGCUCACGUCGCUCAGCUCUACCUGCCUCUCGUCCCCAUCGUCAUGGAGACGUUGAAUCAGCUGCACGACUUCUCCGACUCCUCGCCUGCCCGGGUCCGCCAUGCCUCCUCCCACGCAGACGACGCUGACCCAGACGGUAGCAGCACUAUCAGUCAGUCUGUUGCCAUGGCGAUCGCCGGCUCCCCCUUGCCGCACGUCAAAACCAACCCAUUUGCGCUGCCCAGCGUGAGCGGCCGGCAGUCCAGCUCCCUGUCGGCCGAGUGCAGCCGGACGCUGCUGGUGUGUUUCCUGUGGGUGCAGAAGAACGCGGACGCCGCUCUCCUGGAGCGCUGGGUGUCGGACUUGUCCGUGCAGCAGAUCAACCGUCUGCUCGACCUGCUGCAUCUGUGCAUCUCCUGCUUCGAAUACAAGGGAAAGAAAACUCUAGAAAGAAUCAACAGCCUGACAUUUAAAAAGUCCCAAGACAUGAAGGCCCGACUGGAGGAGGCCAUACUGGGCACCAUCGGAGCUCGCCAGGAGAUGGUCCGCCGCUGCAGAGAACGGAGUCCGUACGGCAGCCAGGAGAAUGUAAGAUGGAGAAAGAACGUCACUCACUGGAGACAAAAUGCAGACCGAGUCGACAAGUCGAAGGCCGAGGUGGAGCAGGAGUCCGUCGUGGACGGAAACCUCGCCACGGAGGCCUCGCUGAUAGUCCUGGACACCCUGGAAAUUAUUGUCAAGACGGUGGUGGCGUCGGAGUUAAAGGAGAGUGUUUUAGGCGGCGUGCUGAGAGUGCUGCUCCACAGCAUGGCAGGCAACCAGAGCGCCCUCUUCCUGCAGCAUUGCUUCACUACACAGAGAGCUCUGGUUUUCAAGUUCCCAGAGAUGCUGUUUGAGGAGGACACGGAGCUCUGCGCCGACCUGUGCCUGCGUCUCCUGCGUCACUGCAGCAGCAGCGUCGGCUCGGUCAGGAGCCACGCCUCGGCCUCCCUCUACCUCCUCAUGAGGCAAAACUUUGAAAUUGGAAAUAACUUUGCUCGAGUGAAGAUGCAGGUCACGAUGUCUCUGUCGUCACUGGUGGGAACGUCGCAGAACUUCAACGAGGAGCAUCUCCGCCAUUCGCUCAAAACGAUUUUGACAUACGCAGAAGAGGACCACGAGCUGCGCGACACACCGUUCCCCGAGCAGGUCCAGGAUCUGGUGUUCAACCUGCACAUGAUCCUCACCGACACUGUGAAGAUGAAGGAGCAUCAGCACGACCCAGAGAUGCUGAUUGACCUCAUGUACAGGAUCGCUAAGGGCUACCAGAACUCCCCCGACCUGCGCCUGACGUGGCUCCAGAACAUGGCCGGGAAGCACUCGGAGCGCGGGAACCACGCCGAGGCGGCCCACUGCCUGGUGCACAGCGCCGCGCUGGUGGCCGAGUAUCUCAACAUGCUGGAGGACUGCCGCUACCUCCCCAUCGGCUGCGUCUCCUUCCAGAACAUUUCAUCCAACGUGUUGGAGGAGUCGGCGGUGUCCGAUGACGUCCUGUCUCCCGAGGAGGAGGGCAUUUGUGCCGGGAAGUAUUUCAGCGAGCUGGGCCUGGUGGGGCUCCUGGAGCAAGCAGCUGCUUCCUUUAACAUGGCGGCCAUGUAUGAAGCCAUAAAUGAGGUGUACAAGAUUCUCCUGCCCAUCCAUGAAGCCAACAGAGACUUCAAAAAGCUGGCGUCCGUGCACGGCAAGCUGCAGGACGCUUUCAACAAAGUCUACAACCAAAGCUCCGGAUGGGAGAGGAUGUUUGGGACCUACUUCAGGGUGGGUUUCUACGGCUGUCAGUUUGGAGACCUGGACGAACAGGAGUUCGUCUACAAGGAGCCAUCAAUCACCAAAUUAGCGGAGAUCUCCCACAGGCUGGAGGAGUUUUACUCGGAGAGGUUUGGCGAUGUGGUCAAAAUUAUCAAGGACUCCAACCCGGUGGACAAAACCAAGUUAGACCCCAACAAGGCGUACCUCCAGAUCACGUACGUGGAGCCGUUCUUCGACACGUACGAGAUGAAGGAGAGGAUCACCUACUUCGAUAAGAACUACAACCUGCGGACCUUCAUGUACUGCACUCCCUUCACGCUGGACGGCCGCGCCCACGGCGACCUGCACGAGCAGUACAAGCGCAAGACCAUCCUGACCACGUCCCACGCCUUCCCCUACAUCAAGACGCGCAUCAACGUGCUGCACAAGGAGGAGAUCAUCCUGGUUCCCAUCGAGGUUGCGAUCGAGGACAUGCAGAAGAAGACGCAGGAGCUCGGCUUCGCCACAACCCAAGACCCCGCAGACUCCAAGAUGCUGCAGAUGGUGCUGCAGGGCUGCGUGGGAACCACAGUGAACCAGGGCCCCCUGGAGGUGGCGCAGGUCUUUCUCUCAGACAUUCCUGAUGACCCCAAGCUGUUUCGCCAUCACAACAAACUGCGCCUGUGCUUUAAAGACUUCACCAAGAGGUGCGAGGACGCCUUGAGGAAAAACAAAUCCCUGAUCGGACCGGAUCAGCGGGAGUACCACCGAGAGCUGGAGAGGAACUACCACAAGCUGAAAGAAGCCCUGGGCCCGCUCAUCAACCGCAAGAUCCCCCAGCUGUACAGAGCGCUGCCGGCGCAGACGCCACAGACGCAGCGGAACUCCUACAGCAGGUCCAGCCUCCGCAGAGUCGAAUGCUGAGGCCCAGAAAACUGGAAAACAACACAAAGCAGAAACCUUUAGAAAUGAAAUGUGUCCCGUCACGUUCCCCCCACCCACCACCCCCUGCUCCACUGCACGCCAACUGUCACAAGCACACACACACACACACACACACACACACACACACACACACACACACACACACACACACACACACACUGUCCCACACACCCCAUCACCCCCCUGGAGGCCACCCAGUCCGGCCUUUUAGGCCCCUGCCACCACACACACAGCUACGUGAACACACACACACACGCAGUUGGUUGUCACCUCACUACCCCGUCACGCCGCUCUCACACCUCUGUAGGAAUCCCCCCCCCCCCCCCCCCCACCCCAAGGCUGUUUAUACUGGGAGGUGAUCCGCUCUGUAAACACCGCCGAUUGGAGCGAGCUUCAUAGACGCCGACGUUUAUGAACAAAAGCUUUCCGGAGUGAUCCCCUCAAGCUGGAUCCUGGUUUUUUAACUUCAGUUUUUACAAACCAAACGCAGCUUGUACCCAAAAAGGCCCGUCCCCUUCGCUGCAGAUGUUUUUCUUUUUGCGCUCGGUUUGCUUUUGAAGAGGCUGUAGCUUGUCUGUUUUCUGUCACAGGCAUUAUUAUUUUUUUUUUUCCCUGUUUAAUUUGUUUUAGAUUUUCUUUGAAUGUUCCCUGGUGGUAAUCACUGCCAGACUUAGUUAUUAAAUAGUACCAGGGAGUCUUCUUUUGUUAUCAACAGACCAAAUAACACACAUUCCUUCCUUCUCAACUUGUCACCUUUGUGCCGCCGACCCUCAUUAUAAAUGUUGAAUACGGGGAGGCGCUGCGCUCUUUCUCUGCAUGCUCAGGUCAUGUCAGUUCUUACGUAAAAACAGACAUAUUAUUGUCUUCAAACGUGUUUUUUUUUUUUUUUUUAACUGUGAAGUUGUCCUGUAUGCACUGCAGUUACAUCAGAUGUUUAUCUCAGAAGCUCGGACUGCAGCCAGGCCGUCACCUUCGUCCACACAAACAUAUUUAAUCUGUGACGUUUUGCCGUCACCCCGCAGUGAAAUACAUUUCCAUUGUGUAAACUGUCUGUGAAGCCGGUGUCAAAAAGCACUCCAAAUGUUUUAUAUGCAUCUAACCACUCUGGCUGAAUCAGAUUUGCAUCAUCUGUAGCCACUUCCAACUACUGUAUCUAUUAAAUUGCACUUUUGUAAACAAAUUGGAGCACGUUAACACUGUAAUUUCCAAAAGAACUUUUGUUAUUUUACAAGGCUAGAAACUUUUUUUUUUUACCAUUAGAGAAGCAUUUUUAUUUAUUUUACACUGCCUUCUAAUAAAUAUCUCUUCUUACA